UCCCACCCGCGCGCCGCCGGCCCGCCGCCCUCCGCGCCUCUCGCCAUGACGGCGUCUCCGGACUACUUGGUGGUGCUUUUUGGGAUCACUGCUGGGGCCACCGGGGCCAAGCUGGGCUCGGACGAGAAGGAGCUGAUCCUGCUGCUGUGGAAGGUGGUGGAUCUGGCCAACAAGAAGGUGGGACAGUUGCACGAAGCCCUCGUGAGGCCGGAUCACUUGGAGCUGACCGAGGACUGCAGAGAAGAAACGAAAAUAGACGCCGACAGCCUGUCCUCCGCUCCGCAGCUGGACCAAGCUCUGCGACAGUUUAACCAGUCGGUGAGCAAUGAGCUGAAUAUUGGGGUGGGGACUUCCUUCUGCCUCUGUACCGACGGGCAGCUGCACAUCAGGCAGAUCCUGCAUCCCGAGGCUUCCAAGAAGAAUGUAUUACUACCUGAAUGCUUCUAUUCCUUUUUUGAUCUUCGAAAAGAAUUCAAGAAAUGUUGCCCUGGUUCGCCUGACAUUGACAAGCUGGAUGUUGCUGCGAUGACAGAGUGUUUAAACUUUGAGAAGAGCAGUUCAGACUCUCGCUAUGGAGCCUCUCAAGUUGAAGAUAUGGGGAACAUAAUUUUAGCAAUGGUAUCGGAGCCCUACAAUCACAGGUUUUCAGAUCCAGAGAGGGUAAACUACAAAUUUGAAAGUGGCACUUGCAGCAAGAUGGAACUCAUUGAUGACAACACUGUGGUCAGGGCGCGCGGGUUGCCGUGGCAGUCUUCCGAUCAGGACAUUGCAAGAUUCUUCAAAGGACUCAAUAUUGCCAAGGGAGGCGCAGCACUUUGUCUGAAUGCCCAGGGCCGGCGGAAUGGAGAAGCUCUGGUUAGGUUCGUCAGCGAAGAGCACAGGGACCUCGCACUGCAGAGGCACAAACACCACAUGGGGACCCGGUACAUUGAGGUUUACAAGGCAACAGGUGAAGAUUUUCUUAAAAUUGCUGGUGGUACGUCUAACGAAGUAGCCCAGUUUCUAUCCAAGGAGAAUCAAGUCAUCGUGCGCAUGCGCGGGCUGCCUUUCACGGCCACCGCCGAAGAAGUGGUGGCCUUCUUCGGACAGCACUGCCCCAUCACUGGGGGGAAGGAAGGCAUCCUCUUCGUCACCUACCCGGAUGGCAGGCCGACAGGGGACGCGUUUGUCCUCUUUGCUUGUGAGGAGUACGCACAGAACGCACUGAGGAAACACAAGGACUUGUUGGGUAAAAGAUACAUCGAGCUCUUCAGGAGCACAGCCGCCGAAGUUCAGCAGGUGCUGAAUCGGUUCUCUUCGGCCCCCCUGAUUCCACUCCCAACCCCUCCCAUUAUUCCAGUACUACCUCAGCAGUUUGUCCCCCCUACAAAUGUCAGAGACUGUAUCCGCCUUCGGGGGCUUCCCUAUGCGGCCACAAUAGAGGACAUCCUGGACUUCCUGGGGGAGUUCUCCACGGAUAUUCGCACUCAUGGGGUUCACAUGGUACUGAAUCAUCAGGGCCGCCCAUCGGGAGACGCCUUCAUCCAGAUGAAGUCUGCGGACAGAGCAUUCAUGGCAGCGCAGAAGUGUCAUAAAAAAACCAUGAAGGACAGAUAUGUUGAAGUCUUUCAGUGUUCAGCUGAGGAGAUGAACUUUGUGUUAAUGGGGGGCACUUUAAAUCGAAAUGGCUUGUCCCCGCCGCCAUGUAAGUUACCAUGCCUGUCUCCUCCCUCCUACACAUUCCCAGCUCCUGCAGCGGUCAUUCCUACCGAAGCUGCCAUUUAUCAGCCCUCUGUGCUUCUGAAUCCACGAGCACUGCCACCUUCCACAGCAUACUACCCGGCAGGCACCCAGCUCUUCAUGAACUACACAGCCUACUAUCCCAGUGUUUGAAAGACGUGUGGUGAUUCUGAAGCCACCCGAUAAGAAAACUAGCGACUUCAGGCGAAGUUUGUCUACACUCAGGCUGCAGUAUUUUCAGCAAACACGAUUAGACGGUGGACCUGUGCCUUACCUUUUGGUGGAGUGAGAAACUGGAGCCAGUGCAGCCAAAUCCCUACAGCAAGCAGCACGCAGCAUACCUGGCUCCUGGAUGACUGCGAACCGGCAUUUAAAAUGUGAAUUUGAAAUCAGAUGUCUCUAUUACUUCCAGCUAAGGGGGCAUCGUAGGUGUUUCCUAAGUUUAAAAAGUCUUGGAUUGAAAAAUUCUCCACUAGUGUCUACCGACUCCACCAUGAAGUCUGACAAGGAAGCUCCACUUUAUGUACUUUAGUUCCUUUGCCUCCGCCGCCCCAUCUUCUGCACGCUCCUGCCCUCUUCUUCUGCACUCUCCUGCCUCUUGCUUUAGCAAUUCAAGCGUAAGACCGUGGACUACUUAAAUCGCAGUUUAAGAAAAGAAAUAAAAGAGCCAGGUGUGGUGGCGCAUGCUUGCGAUCCCAGCACCCAGGGAGGCUGGGGCAGG